GAGAACGCACGCAACAGCUUUGUUCAGUGAAGCUUGAGCUUUGACUGCAGCCGCAAAUGGAAAAUUUUAUAAUUGUCCUUUUGACAGUAACAGCGUCUGCGCAAGUAGCACCUCAGAGUACAAUUACGAUUCCCAAGCCCAGCAUAAGUCAGGAUCCUCCUCACACAGUGCUUUACAGCUCAGAGUCGGUCACUCUGCACUGUCAGGUUUCUAAUGGACCACCGGAUUUAGAGUAUGACUGGUACAAGGACUCGAUUGAUCUUAAACAUCAUGAGCGCAGCUUCAGUGCAAAAAUGAGUGGAAACUAUGAAUGCAAGGCAAAAAAGGAAUCUUCGGAGUCUGAUAAAAGUGAUAAUUACACAUUAGAUCUGAAAGAACCACCUCAACCGAAAUUGUCAAUAGAGUCUGAAUGGAAAUCCUUUUACCAAACUGAAAAAGUGACUCUGAAGUGUUCAGUUGAUGGAGAUUCAAAUGAUUGGGGCUAUGAAUGGCUCAGAGAUGCAGUGCAGCUUCCUAAAAAUGUAGAUGGCAUUUCUUUAUCUGGUAAAACUCUUUCAAUCAGCUCAGCAAAAGCGAUUCAUUCAGGAUUCUACACCUGCAAAGGAAAACAUCUGACAAGAAAACCAGUGACUACAAAAGAAAGUGAAAAAUUGCAGCUUCUUGUUGAAGAUACGACACCAAAACCAGGCAUCAGAAAACAUCAGUGGUUUGAACCAUUCUACACUGGAGAGAAAAUCCAGUUUGACUGUAGUAUGACUGGUGUUGGUUGGGAGUACAGCUGGUAUAUAGUCAAAGAAUCAAAGCAAAUAAACACAAAUUCAGCCUUGACUAUCAGCUCAGCAUCUGUCGCCGACACUAGUGGAUAUCUCUGCAAAGCAAAGAGAGGAGACUUCUCAGUGGACAGUGAGACUGUAGAAGUGCAAGUUCUAGAACCACCUCAACCGAAAUUGUCAAUAGAGUCUGAAUGGAAAUCCUUUUACCAAACUGAAAAAGUGACUCUGAAGUGUUCAGUUGAUGGAGAUUCAAAUGAUUGGGGCUAUGAAUGGCUCAGAGAUGCAGUGCAGCUUUCUAAAAAUGUAGAUGGCAUUUCUUUAUCUGGUAAAAGUCUUUCAAUCAGCUCAGCAAAAGCGAUUAAUUCAGGAUUCUACACAUGCAAAGGAAUACAUCUGACAAGAAAACCAGUGACUACAAAAGAAAGUGAAAAAAUGCAGCUUCUUGUUGAAGGUACGACACCAAAACCAGACAUCAGAAAACAUCAGUGGUUUGAACCCUUCUACACUGGAGAGGAAGUCCAGCUUGAGUGUAGUGUGACUGGUGUUGGUUGGGAGUACAGCUGGUAUAAAGUCAAAGAAUCAAAGCAAAUAAACACGAACUCAGCUUUGACUAUCAGCUCAGCAUCUGUUGCUGACACUAGUGGAUAUCUCUGCAAAUCAAAGAGAGGAGACUUCUCAGUGGACAGUGAGACUGUGCAAGUGCAAGUUCUAGCCAUCCCAACACCAAUGUUGUCUAAACCAACAAGAACAGCUCUCUACACAACUGAAAAGGUCAGUCUGAGGUGUGAGAUUCAAGGAAAGCACUGGACUUAUGAAUGGUUUAAAGGUGGUGAGAAGCAACAAGGAACUAAAUCCCAAUUAGAUAUCCAGUCUGCAAAUAAUCAGGAUUCUGGAGAUUAUAAAUGCAAAGGACGUAUUCAAGGGAGAGUAGGGACUCCAGACAGCAAUUCUGUUCAAAUCAACAUUCAUGAACCACCUCAACCGAAAUUGUCAAUAGAGUCUGAAUGGAAAUCCUUUUACCAAACUGAAAAAGUGACUCUGAAGUGUUCAGUUGACGGAGAUUCAAAUGAUUGGAGCUAUGAAUGGCUCAGAGAUGCAGUGCAGCUUCCUAAUGAUGAAAGCAUUUCUUUAUCUGGAAACACACUCUCAAUCAGCUCAGCAAAAGCGAUUCAUUCAGGAUCCUACACCUGCAAAGGAAUACAUCUGACAAGACAACCAGUGACUACAAAAGAAAGUGAAAUAUUGCAGCUUCUUGUUGAAGGUACGACACCACAACCAGACAUCAGAAAACAUCAGUGGUUUGAGCCCUUCUACACUGGAGAGAAAAUCCAGUUUGACUGUAGUAUGACUGGUGUUGGUUGGGAGUACAGCUGGUAUAAAGUCAAAGAAUCAAAGCAAAUAAACAAAAAUUCAGCCUUGACUAUCAGCUCAGCAUCUGUUGCUGACACUAGUGGAUAUCUCUGCAAAGCAAAGAGAGGAGACUUCACAGUGGACAGUGAGACUCUAGAAGUGCAAGUUCUAGAACCACCUCAGCCAAAACUGUCAAUAGUGUCUGAAUGGAAAUCCUUUUACCAAACUGAAAAAGUGACUCUGAAGUGUUCAGUUGCUGGAGAUUCAAAUGAAUGGGGCUACGAAUGGCAGCAUCCGAAGGAAGAAAUUUCGUUAUCUGGUAACACACUUUCAAUCAGCUCAGCAAAAGUGAGUCAUUCAGGAGUGUACAGCUGUAUAAGAAAACAUCUGAUGAGAAAAUCAGUGACUGAAAGAAAAAGUGAAGAGUUGAAGCUUCAUAUUAAUGGCAAGUACAGUAAAUCUUCUUUUUGCAUAUGA